UUUGCAUCUUGAGCUCUUCACGACCAAUUGGCCGCAACAAUGGCCGCAACAGCACCGAGAGUCGCUUCUGUGGCUCGCCAGUUGACCUGGAGAUCAAUCAGGAUACCACGCGCGAUCGCCCAGGCACCCGUUCGACCUGCGUUCUUCUCUCAUAUCCAUCGAAGAUAUGCCUCUGGGACUCCGCAUUAUGAUCCGGCCCCCCCACAGAUUGAGUACAUUUUGUACAAGCAGCAUGCGGAACCUCAUACUCCAGAGGACUGGAAGGAGAUCGGACAGUCCGCGCUGCAGAACUGCGAGACCCAGGCGGAACGAGAUGCUGUCCAGGAAUACAUUACCAACGCACUCAAACCAUCAUUGACGGAUGAGGAGGUUAUUGCAGUAGCUUCUCAGGUCGGCACUCAGAUCACUACGCCAGAAGAACUCGCAGCUGCCCAUGUCGUGUUCAAGAAUAUGAUAAAAGCCGCAACUCUAGCCGAAGCUGAGACUUUGUUCAAGUAUUACGAUCAGACCGGUGAAUUCCCAGCCGAGAUCAAGGCUGCGCUCUCUGAAUCUUUGACGAAGGCAUUGGCUUCCCCAACCGCUUCUAACGGCGCUCAUGGGGAUCAUGGCCACCACGAUACUCAUGGCCACAGUUCUCACCACGGCGGAGAGCACGCAAAAGAAUCAUUUGGCAUCGGCUGGUAUCUAGCACUCGGCACGAUUCCAUUCAGCUGGAUCCUGAUGACCCUAACUCGGAACAAGUCCGAUGAGGAGAACAAACCUUUCCUCACUCGUCUCAUUCACAAGUAUGAUUCGUGGCAGGACGAAUGGCGGCGAAGCAACGAGCUGCAUACUAAGGCUGUGGAGCAAGCCGGUUUUGAUAGACUUCUGUUCCGGCAUGCUGCAACGUCGGACGGCAGAGGUACCGGCAAGAAAGAGGUCAGGUUCGAAGAUGCCAUGAAUCAGGGUCCUCAAAUUAACGUCGCUCCUGGCUCGUAUAUCAAUGUGGACAAGGUCGUAGAGCACUACAAGAAGCUGAACGAGGAGACUGAGGAGCGGCGGCUUGAGAUUGAGAAGUUCUAUGAAGCUCGAGAGCGACGUGCAUGAGAUGGUGCAGAAAGGCCUGGCACAUUCGGGGUAGAUUUUCAGCUGGAAACACAAAGUCUCCAAGUACGCCGAUCUGGGAUUAUCUACUCUGGCACAGGUGCUAUCAUGCCCAGUGGCUUGGCGGCAAGCAUUACUGUACAUAAGAUUAUACAUAUCCAAAUGCUGUAC